AUGUACUCCAAACGACAAUUGAGAUCAACAAAACCAUCUGGCCCAGGUGAAUGGUUAAUUGGCGAAUACCAUAAACAGUUGAUAACUACUAGAAUUCCUUCUCGAUGGGAAGUACUCAGCUUUUUCUUAUUUCAUCACUACGAGAAUAAAUUGACAAUUGCAGAAGCUUUGAAAUUGACUACUCAACAAAUUCAACAAUGCUGGGAUCCGAAAGUAAUUAUCAAGGACUUUCAUAUUAAAGAAAAAAUAAAAAAAAUAUUCGACACUUGGCAAAAAUUGAAAAAGAAUCGUUUGAGGCUUACAAACGUCCAGCGUGAAAACGAGAAUGCUUUUCUAAAAUCUUUAGAUGAUAUGUUUGAAUGUAAACUUCAAACAAAAGUAAAUAAUUUAACAACGGAAUCUGUUACACACUCUAAAAAGGCUUUGUCAUCAAGUAAUUCAGAACCACCUGUACUAUUGUCUCAAAAAAAAACACAUCCUGCAACCUGGAAUUCGAAUCAGUCCUACUUAAGGAGUUUGAAUAUAGUUCGUGAAUUACAUAUAGUUAAUGACACUGCUGAGCGUGGUGUUUCAUUGAUGCAGGAGUAUCUAGAAUUUGUAAAAAAUGAAGAUGAGCUGCAGAGAGUACUACAAGUUGUCGAAGAAAAUCGUUAUAUCCCAAUGCAAGUAAAAUGA